AUGUGGCCCAAUUCCGAGAUCCCCAUGAUAUCUAAAGAAAACGAUCCUUUAUCGUUCCUGGAGGAUCUCCUUCCUUUUAAAAUAUUUCAGCAAUCGACGAUUUUCAGAUUGUUCGUGUUAGCGAAACUCAUCAACGACAUUACCUUGUGUUUGCUGUUCGAUUACGAGUUAAUCUUGAGACAAAUGGACGUGAAAUUUAUUAAACAAUAUUACGUUUUGUACGCAUUGGGAGCAGCGUCGUUCGUGAUAAUACUCCAAUUUUGUAUCUGGUGCCCGACCGUGGUGAAAUUCCCGGCGCAGGUUCGAGAAAUGGGCUUCAAUUUAAAAUGCGCCGGGGACACCCUUUACCAAAGCAUUUUGAACGAAUGCAAAGCAAUAAAAACCGUCAUUUACUUGAAUUUAUUCAUGUCUCUUCUAUCCUCUCUAUUAUUUUUCCCCUUCAACGGAGACGAAAUGCGGUUCAAUUUCAUAGAAUUCAUAUUCGAAAAGUAUAACCCGCGAUACAAAUCGUUUGUAAAAGGCAUCAAUUACUUGUCCUCGAUGUUAACUGGCUACACCAUGUUAAUACCCCUGAUGUUCUGCACCCACUAUGUUACUCACAUAAAAUUCCAACUACUCCUGCUGAACGAAUUCGUGAAGAAAAUUAAGGAAGAAAGCGGCGUUCGUGAUGAACGUUAUCAAAGGCGAAUCAGCGAGAAACUUAAAUUCUGUAUCUACCUCAAUAAUAAAAUAACAAGGAUUCAUAAAGCGGUGAUGGUUAUAAACAAUCCUUUGGGGAUUCUCAUGAUUUUUGUGUCUACUUUAACGUUUGUGUCUGCUGCUUUUUUUAUCGUUUCGGAUGUAAGUAAAGAAAGUAACUUUCGAAUGUACGCGGUUCUCUUUACAUGGUUCCUGCAGGUUCUAACAUAUUGCACCACCGCUCAAAGUUUAACCGAUAGGUCCGAGGAUAUUUGUAUUAAUGCCUAUAAUUGCCCUUGGAUCUGUUGGAAUGUAAAGAACAGAAAAAACUUGUUGGUAUUUUUAAUAAACAAUUUGAAGCCAUUAAAAGUUACCAUUUACAUUACUGAGACUAAUCACGCCUUGUUGGUAAAGCUUUGGAGAUUAGCUUAUGCGGUUCUAACAUGUUUGGUAAAAGUUAACAGAAACAAUUAA